AAAAACAAAUAAAAUAAAGCAAUUUUUUUUUUUUUUUUAAUUUUUUUUAAUUUUUUUUUUUAAUUUAGCGAUUAUACAAAACUGUAUACCGAUAUAUACAUUAUAGUAAUAAUAACAACAAUUACUGUUAUUAUCAUUUGACAAUGUGUGUAUGUAGAUAAAAAAUUAAUAUAAAAUAAUAAAUAAAAAUGGCUGAAAAUGGAUUUGAAUCUGAGAUUGGAUCUCAAGAGAAUCUCGCUGCUGAAGCAAUUAAUCUUGACAUUGAUGAGUUGGAUGAUACCGAGUAUGCAAUACCAGCAGUGGACAAACUACCCUCCUUAGAAAGUAUUUUAACAGAACCAGAUUGUGAUUCUCUUUCUGGUACAGAAUUAGAAAUUAAUACAGCAGUGGUAGGAGCAGCAACAACAGCAGCAGCAGCAGCAUCAUCAUCAACAUCAACAUCAUUUAUUGGAGAAAUAAUUGAUGAAAGUGAAACAACAAGUGUUGGUAGUUUAUUGUCUUUAAAUUCAUUAACUAAACCAAUUACACGUAAUCCUGAAUUUCCUCUAUCAGGUGUUAUAUUAAAGCAUGCAAUAAUGAGAGGUAUAACAUCACAAAUAAAAUCAGCAAGUGAUAAAGUAAAUGGUGGUUUAGCAAGUGCUGUUGCUGCUGGUGGAGAUAUGGUUGUUAUAGGUACUAGCCAUGGAUUAAUUUUAGCAUUUGAUUCAAAACAAACAUUAAGAUGGUGUAAUCAAGAAGCAAGACAUCAAGGUUCUGUUUCAUCAUUAGGAUUUAAUAAUGAUGGUACAAGAUUAUUAGCUGGUUUUGCAAGAGGUCAUAUUCUUAUGAUUGAUAAUAAUAUUGGAAAAGUAUUGAGAGUAUUAACGGAUGUUCAUUCACCUGGUACUGCUGUAUUAAAUGUUAAAUUUACAGAUUUACCAACAUUAGCAUUAUGUAGUGAUAGCGGUGGUUCUGUAUUUGAAUUAACUUUUAAACGAAUAAUGGGUGUUAGAGGAUGUGAUAGUAAAUGUUUAUUUAGUGGUUCACGUGGUGAAGUAUGUACAUUAGAACCACUUUUAAUAAAUAAUAUAUCUCGACAUCCAUUAAAAAAUUAUAUUAUUGUAGCAUUAGCAACAUUAUCGAAAAUAAUUGUUGUAUGUAUAAGACCUAGAAUAAGAGUUUUAUUAACUCAUCCACUUGUAGGACCACCAACAGCACCACCACAAAUAUCUUGGCAAUUAGUUGUUAUACAAUCAUCUGAUUCAUCACGUGUGAUUGAUCCAGUAUUGGCAUUAGCACGUGAAACAACAAUUCAUUUUUAUCAAGUAUCUUCAGAAGCUGGUUCACGUAUAAGAUUAUCACCAUUACGAAGAAUAACAUUAUCUUAUAUUAUUUGUAAUUUAAAAUGGUUAAAUACAAGAUCAUUGGCAAUAUUAGAUACACAAGAACGUCUUCAUUUACUUGAUGUAAGAACACAACAAGAUUUAGAAACUAUUGAUAUGAGUACUGUUGGUAUAUCAUAUGCAUCAAGUCAUUUUAAGGGUCUUUCAACUGGUGGUAAUGUAUCUAAAGCAAUGGCAUUAGCUGGUGAACGUGCAUCUUAUAAUACUGUUAUAACAUAUGGAAAUCAAUUAUUAUUAUUAGGUACUAAACGUCUUCAUAUUGUAUUUAUAAGAACAUGGUCUGAAAGAUUACGUUAUUUAACUUUACAAAAACGUUAUCCUGAAGCACUUUCACUUGGUUUAUCAUUUUAUCAAGAUAAAGGUAAAGCUGUUGUAGGUUUAAGUGGUUUAAAAAAAGUUCGUAAACGUAUGACAUUUAUUAAAACAAGUCAAAUUCUUAUUCAGUAUAUGCAAGAAUUAAUUAAAUUACCAGAACCAACAAUUCCAACAACAACUAAUGAUUCCAAUAAUGAUAAUUUAUUUAAUAAUAAUAAUGAAAAUGAUAUUAUUACAACUUGUGUUGAUUAUGCUGUACAAUUAGAAAAUAUUCAUUUAUUAUUUGGACCACUUUGGGAUUUAGUUUGUGAAAGUACAAUAUUAAAAGGUUAUUAUUUACGUGCUUUAGAAGGUCCUUUACUUGAUGGUAGUCUUCCACCACGAUUACCUCCAUUAAUUGCUCAACAAUUAGUUUCAUUAUAUGAUAAAGAAAAAAAAUAUAAAUCAUUGCAAACAAUAAUCGUAUUAUUGGAGAUUGAUUGUUUGGAUAUUCAUCAAGUAACAACUUUAUGCCGCGAACGUUGUCUUUGGGAGGGACUUAUUCAUCUUCAAACAGUAGCAUUGGGUGAUUAUACAGCCCCUAUUCAUCAAUUAAUUCCUGUAUUACAAAAUUAUUUAAUAAAUAGUAAUAAAUCAUUGUCAUCGUCAUUAUCAUCUGACUGUAUUAAACUUGGUAAUGCUUUACUUGUUUAUGCGAGUUGUUGUUUAGCUGGUAGAGGAUUUCCACGUGGUGAUUUACCAGAGGGACAAUCUCAACGUGCUAAAGCUCAAGUACUUGGUGCUUUAUUAUCACAACAUUCAAGUCUUGCAGAAGAUAAUGAAAGACAAUAUCCGUAUUUACGUACUUUAUUACGUUUUGAUCCACGUGGAUUUUUAGACGUUAUUGCUAUGGCAUUUCAAGAACCAGAAUUUAAAACUGAAAUGGGUUAUCGUCAACGUCAACGACUUAUUGAUAUAUUACUAAGUAUUGUUAUUCCAUCAACACCACUUACUCCUGAUAAUCCAGAUUAUUUAGAUGAUAAUAAAAAAGCUUUAGUAUUGGUAUUUAUUGCCAAUCAAAUAGCUUCUACAACAGUAACACUUGAAUCAAAUGUUUUAAAUCAACUUGUUGAAUUAUUAUGCACUGAAAAUAUAAAUAAAACAAUAAAAAUAACUCGAGAUGAAAAAUUAGAACGUGAAAAUGCUGUAUUACAAUUAAUUUAUAAUAAUAAAUUAAAUGGAAUAACAGACAAUACAUUAUUAAAUCUUGCACAGAGAGUUAAUUAUUAUAGAAUUUCUCAAGUUAUUUAUACUGCUCGAGAUGAUUGGAUAUCUGUUUGUAAAUGUUUUAUAUCUGAUUGUUAUCGGCAGCAUCAAGUUUGGCCUUGGCUCGAAAAACUUUCAACAAGUGAAUUAACUAAAGUUAUACUUGUUAAUAUUACAGCUUUAGUAACUAUUGAUGUUGAUAGAAUAUCAAAUUUAAUAGCUAAACGUAUACCAACUAAAAUAAAUAAUAUUAUUGAAAAAUUGAAUAAUGAAAACAAUGAAAAUAAUUCAAGACUUGAAUAUUCACUUUUAUUGUCAUUUUAUCAAUUAAAUCAAUAUAAAGAAGAUGAACAAGAUUAUAUUAAACUUGAAUUAUCAACACAGCAUUUAGAAAGACUAUUAAUUCUUAUGUGUGAAUAUGAACCCACUAGAGUUGUUAAUCAUAUGAAUGGACCUCAUGGAUGUCGUUUGGAUCAAGCUUUAAUAAUUGUUCAAAAUGCUAAUCAUCAAGAAGCUAUAGCUUUAAUGUUUGAAAAAAUGGGAAAUUAUCAGGACGCUUUUGAAUUAUUAUUAAAUAAAUUACAACAACAAUUAUCAAUAUACUACAAUAAUAAUAAUAAUAGUAACAACAGCAACAUUCCAAAUAAUGAUGAAAUUAUAAUAACUGCAACAAUAAAUAUAUCUGGAUUAUGUAGAAGAUCUGCGGGUAAUUUAGAUUGGAUGCCACUUGUUGAAACUGUUCUUCAGCCAUAUAAUAGUAAUAAUAAUAAUAAUAAUAAUAAUAGAGUUGAAAUAUUACGUGGUAAAUUGUUAAAAGUUGUUCUUGAAGCACUUAGCGGUACUAAUGCUUUGUCAAUUGUAUUGGAACGAAUUUUAAAGCAUCCAUUGGCAACUUCUGGUACAGUAGGUGAUAUACGUCAAUUACUUACUGGAGUAUUGACUCAUUCGCGAUAUGAACAAGUUCUUGUUGAAAAAACAGCGAAAUUAGUUAGUCUGGAAUUACAUGAAUCACUAAAAAAAACUCUUAGAGAUGCAGGAAGAGCAUGUGCUAGUACUUGCACUGUUUGUCCAGUUUGUCGAAAAAUUUUUAGUCAAUCAACAGAUUAUACAGUUUUUUUUUGUUGUGGUCAUGGAUUUCAUUUGCAAUGUCUAGGUGAUAAAAAAUUAUGCUACAAAUGUCUUAAUGACAAAGGUUGGGCACCUGUUGCAACAAAUUGUAGACCUGAAUCCAGACCACUUCCUGAAAGGCCACAAAUUAUCCCACCGAUAUUUAUGCGCGGUCGUGAUUUUACACUUAAACUUGCUGCACCAACUGUUUUACCAAAUCUUGAAGGUAUUUUUUAAAACAAUUUAAUCUAGUCUUUUUAACUGUUAAAACAAUCUCAUUAUUAUUAGUAUCAUUUAUUUUAUACUUGUAAAUAAAUGAUGAUAAUAAUAAUAAUAAUAAUAGAGUUAUUUCUGUUAUAUUAUUGAUAAUUGUAAAAGUUUUGUUUUAAUAAAUAAUAAUCAUAUUAAUAAAAUAAAUAUA